UUUUCACUUUGAAAUACCUGGAGCCUUUUACUGCGAUGACCAGAAAGCUGCCCUCACCUCACUGACAUGACUUCACUUGGAGUCCUGCUGCUUUUUUUGCUCUCCUUUGUUCGAUCACUUCAUGCUUGCUCAUGUGCAUCUCUAAACUGGGCCACUUGUGACGAAUCUUCAUGUGAAUGUUAUAUCAACGUUGGUGAACGGCAAAGACAAAUUCUGAAUUGCUCUACGAGUACAUUGAUUCCAAAAUGCUUUCUGAUGAAGGCAGCGAUGUACCGCCUUAAACAUCCUUCAUCCUCACAGAAUAAGCCCACAGAAACAGCGCUGGCCGAUGAGCUUUAUGAUCCGGAGUGUGAGCCCAGUGGGCUUUUCAAGGCUAAGCAGUGCAAUAACACAGAUGUCUGCUGGUGUGUUGACAGUGCUGGAGUGCGCCGCUCUGACAAGGGCGACAGAAACCUGAAGUGUGAGGAGCUGGUGGAGACAAAUGCUAUUGCCAGUGUCAUUCAGGAACAGUACAAAACAGACCAACAACUGGAUAGCAAAAUUAAGGUCAAGUAUAAUGUUGAUGCCCGCCUCAUCAUUCUGGAUGUGAAAGAUGACGCUGGUGAUUGGGAUCAGGAUCUGUCUGAAUUGGCCUACUACAUGGAGGAAGACGUUAAGGUUCAGCCACUCCUUGAUGACCAAAUGAAGUUGGAACCAACAGUCGUAGACCAACAGAUGGAGAUGGAGAAUGUUCUGGUGUACUAUAAGGGAGAGAAGGCACCCACCGGUGACAUGCGGAGGCUCACUGUUGGCAUUCUCACUGUCACUGUUGUGAUCAUCCUGACAAUUCUUGUUGGGCUUCUCAUUCUGUUCCUGAUCAGAAGACAGAAGCAAGGCAAAUAUGAAAAGGCUCAGACAAGUGAAAUAGAGGAAAUUUAGACUUUUAGUUGAACUUCAGCUCUGUGAAAUAUGGAGAAAGCUGGAUGGAAUAUG